AUGUUAGCAAGAAGGAAACAACAACCAGAAGGAAGUAUCGACGUAUAUUUACAAGCUUUGAAACUACUUUCUAAAGAUUGUGACUUUGCGGCUGUUAAUGCAAAAUCAAACAAAAACGAUAGCGUGCGUAAUGCUUUCAUAUCCGGUAUAUCAUCGCAUAAAAUCAGACAAAGGCUUUUAGAAAACUUAAAUCUAACACUUGAUCAAGCUUACAACCUAGCACUCUCUCUAGAAACUGCAGAGAUCAACUCUCAAAGCUUCCAUACUGUGUCUUUAAAUGCCGUUGAAGAAGAACCUAAAUUAGUCUGUCCUAAAUCACAAACUGUGCACGACGAGACCUGCUCUUCUGUUAAUAAUCCUCGACGACGAAAAUGUUUCUUUUGUGGGGGACAAAUACAUCCUCGUAAGAACUGCUCUGCAUUUGAAAAGUCUUGGCAAAGCUUGAAAAUUGGAAAUCAUAAAUAUGAUAAUGUGAAUCUUCUUAUCGUGAAAAAUCUUGGGUUGGACUCCUAAAUAAUUAGUAUCGUCAAAAAAGUGCGAUGGUAUUCAAAACUGUUACCGCCAAAACAUCCACUUCAAGUAUGUAACGUAGCCGAAGCAUCAGUACCAGCUGUACCGCUUUUUGCAAAUGUAUCUCCCAACUGCAAACCUAUUGCUAUUUAGUCUCGAAGGCACAGCAAAGAGGAAAGGAAUUUUUACAUGUUCGAGGUAUUGCCACUAGUAGAACUACAGCUUAUAACCCUCAAGGUAAUGGUCAAAUAG